AUGACUUUCCUUCCUUCUCUUCCUGCUACUCUUUAUCUAAUAUCUCCAACCAUGACUUUCCUACCUUCUCUUCCUACCACUCUUUAUCUAAUAUUUCCAACCAUGACUUUCCUUCCUUCUCUUCCUACCACUCUUUCCCUUACACCUCCAAUUAUGAUCUUCCCUCAUAUCUCUCCCUACCACUCUUUCCAUAACUUCAUCUUCACAAAUCCAAGUUGCAAUGUUAACACCAUGGAGUCACUAUUAACCAAUACAGCUUGCAUUAACACCUCCCUCCCAACCCAUCAUCCUGUUUACUCCACUUCUCUCUCCAUAUAUUUCUUUCCUUCUCUUCCUCCCUCUUUCCCUGACUCCUCAACAUAUUUUCUUUCCUUCUCUUCCCUUCAGUGUUUACUACACUUCUCUCUCCAUAUAUUUCUUUCCUUCUCUUUCCCCUUUCCCCUGACUCCUCAACAUAUUUUCUUUCCUUCUCUUCCUAACCAGUUGUUUACUCCACUUCUCUCUCCAUAUAUUUUUUCCUUCUCUUCCUCCCCUCUUUCCCUGACUCCUCAACAUAUUUUCUUUCCUUCUCUUCCUAACCAGUGUUUACUCCACUUCUCUCUCCAUAUAUUUCUUUCCUUCUCUUCCUCCCACUCUUUCCCCUCAAUAUCUUUUCUUCUUUUUUUCCUACCAUUCUUUCUCUCCAUGAGUUUCCUUCUUUCUCUUCCUACACUCUUUCCCAAAUUCCUCUACCCACUACUUUCUUUCCUUCUCUUCCUAACCAGUGUUUACUACACUUCUCCCUUUCAUGUUUUUCCUUCUUUUUCUCCCUACCACUCAUUCCCUCCACAAGUUUCCUUCCCUCUCUUCCUACCACUCUUUCUCCAGACUUCUCCAUCCAUUGCUUUCUUUCCUUCUCUUCCUACACCUAUCCUUCACGACUUUCCUUCUCUUUCAACCACUGAUUACCCUUCACAUUUUUCUUUCCUUCUCUCCCUACAAAUGUUUCUCCUCCAGGAUUUCCCUCCCUUCUCUACCUACCACUCUUUCCCCCACUAUGUCUUUCCUUCCUUCUCUACCUACCACUCUUUCCCCCACUAUGUCUUUCCUUCCUUCUCUACCUACCCUUUUCCCCCACUAUGUCUUUCCUUCCUUCUCUACCUACCCUCUUUUCCCCCACUAUGUCUUUUCCUUCCUUCUCUACCUACCACUCUUUCCCCCACUAUGUCUUUCCUUCCUUCUCUACCUACCACUCUUUCCCCCACUAUGUCUUUCCUUCCUUCUCUACCUACCACUCUUUCCCCCACUAUGUCUUUCCUUCCUUCUCUACCACCCUCUUUCCCCCCCCACUAUGUCUUUCCUUCUUCUCUACCCUCUUUCCCCACUAUGCCUGCCUUCUCUACCUACCUCUUUCCCCCACUAUGUCUUUCCUGCCUUCUCUACCUACCACUCUUUCCCCCACUAUGUCUUUCCUGCCUUCUCUACCUACCACUCUUUCCCCUCUAUGUCUUUCCUGCCUUCUCCACUCUUUUUCCCCACUAUGUCUUUCCUGCCUUCUCUACACCUGCAAUCUUUCCCCCACUAUGUCUUUCCUGCCUUCUCUACCUACCAAUCUUUCCCCCACUAUGUCUUUCCUGCCUUCUCUACCUACCAAUCUUUCCCCCACUAUGUCUUUCCUGCCUUCUCUCCUUACCACUCUUUUCCCUCUAUGUCUUUCCUUCCUUCUCCUACUACCACUCUUUACCAGAAUUCUCCAUCUGCUUUUUUCCUCUCCCUUCUCUCCCUACCAUUAUUUUCCUUCCUUCUCUCCCUACCACUCUUUCCCCACUAUGUCUUUCCUUCCUUCUCUCCCUACUACUCUUUCCCCUUGUGUCUUUCCUCCCUUCUCUCCCUACUACUCUUUCCCCUCCAUGUCUUUCCUUCCUUCUCUCCCUACUACUCUUUCCCCUCCAUGUCUUUCCUCCCUUCUCUCCCUACUACUCUUUCCCCUCCAUGUCUUUCCUUCCUUCUCUCCCUACUACUCUUUCCCCUCCAUGUCUUUCCUCCCUUCUCUCCCUACUACUCUUUCCCCUCCAUGUCUUUCCUUCCUUCUCUUCCUACCACUCUUUACCAGACUUUUUCCCAACAUAA